CUUCAGCCUCAUUCCAUCAUCCAGCUCUUUACUCUCUGCUCGCUCCUCUGACUGCAGCAGAGCCACAGCAGAAACUAAGGAUGGCAGUUUGGGACAAAAACCUUCUGUGGAGCUUCAUGUUCCUGCUGGCAGGCGCUGUGGGUCAAACUGUGAUCUAUCCUUUCACGUCUACCUGUGCUGUCAGAGGAUCCACUGUCACCCUCCCCUGCACCUUCACACCUCGGAAGUCUUUCAGUGACGGUGGGAAAGAAGUUCCUCUAAAGAUCGUCAGAGUUCGCUGGUGUAAGAACCAUGAGCUCUGUCAUGGCAGCGUUCCGUCUGUGUUUGACAGUAACUCAGCAAACAGCGAUCCUCGUUAUCAAUAUCUGGGAGACAUGAAGACAAACUGCACUUUACAGAUCAGAGAUGUUCAGCAGGGAGACAGCGCAACCUUUCGCUUCAGGAUGGAAGCUGAUCAUCCUGAAGGACAUUUUACUAACACGACAGGAGUGACUGUCAGAGUUGAUGAUGGACUCAGAAUGAGAAUAAUCGGCUCCAGUGAUGAUAAAAAGUUGAGCAGAGGUGAAACCGUCACACUGCUCUGUGCUUCAGUCUGCACUUUCCACCAACUGGAGGCCACCUGGUUCAAAGAUGGCCACGCCCUCUCAGAGACUGGCUCCUCCCUCCGUCUCAGCCCUCUGACUGCAGAGGAUUCUGGGAACUACACUUGUGCUCUGAAGAAGAAAAUGAAGACUCUCUCUGAGCCGUACAGCCUGCAGGUGGAGGCUGGAGCUGGUGGUAACCUUCCUCCGAUACCUGGUGUGGUGUUUGUUGUCCUGCUGGCUGUGAUCGCGCUCGUACUCUUCAUCAUUGAAAGGAGGCUGAGAGCAGCAGAGGAUCAGAGAGCUGCUGAAGUGUCCUGAUAACGUCUUCAGCAGCGUUCAAGAACAAGAUGACCAACAGGAAACUACAGUCAGUUACACCUGUGUCCAGUUCACACAGGAGGAAUAGAAUAGAAUAGAAUAGAAUAGGUCUUUAUUGUUCAGUUCAGUUCAUUUCAUUUUUAUUUCAAACAUAUACAUUCACCAACAUUUCAUAAAAUCUUUCCAUGCAGCUGUUUGAAAAGGAGUAGGCAGAAGUAUAUACUUAUUUAGCCCAACCCCCUCAGGUUUACAUCCUCAUCAUCAUUUGAACAACAAAAACGUUUACAAUGCCUUCAACUUAGAACAUAACAUCACAAAAAAUAUUUCCUCAUGUUCAACUAAAACUAUAUUUAGAUUUGCUAAUUUGCAGAAGAAAAUAAACAUCACUUUGACUGCUGUCUUGGGUUAAUUGCAUUUUCUUCAUUCUUAUACUUAUUUAAAAUUUCUUUUUUGAGUUUUAUUUUAAACUGGUUUAUAUCACUACUGACCUUUAUUUCUUCUUUUAACUCAUUCCAGAAUUUAACUCCCGCUAUUGAUAUAGACAUCCUUUUCAAUGUUGUUCUUACUCUUUGUAAUUUUAAAUUCCACUUCCCUCUAAAAUUAUACCUCCCUUCUCUUUCUAAGAACCAUUUACUUGUCAUUGUACAUCUACAACGAAAUUAUAUGUAAAGACAGCAGGAAUAAACAGCAAACAGAAGAGAUGUUUACAGUCUAGAGGAAUAUAGACAAAAAUAAGAGAAAGGCAGCCAAUGGAGAGCAAAGUGUUUGAGAGCAGUGCAAAGAAAGGACCUGGUCUGAGUCUGUGUGAGUGUCCUGUGGGAUGAGGGUCACUCAGACCAUGGCUCAGAUUGGUGGGUUC